AUGUUUCGAGACACAUUGGUCGUAUGUUUAUGUUAUUGGCACAAUGAAGAGCUGUUCGAAGAGAAAACCGAAGCGCAAAGCGGACUGGGGAUCGGCUUGGCGCAUUCCUCCACACUCCGACACUUGGCUUUCUCCAACUACUCGAAGUGUUUAGCUUGCUGCAAUUCUUUGUCUCUUUGCUUUGCUUGUUAUGCCAAUUUAACAGAAUACUGUUGUUUUUUUAAUCUUGAGCUCUGGCUGGCCGUUGCUGUGGGGUCUGAUCUCCAGCCAUCGAAUACUGACGCCUAUGAUGAUGACUAG